CUUCGUCCGUGUCCUUAUCUUAUGAAAUAUGGCUGCCUCUCCAGCACCUCUCUUCUGUUGCUUAAGAAAAAUGCGUAUACCUAAGUUACCAAACUAUCAUAUUAUCAUGUCUCGAAACUUCCAUGGUGAAGGGAACUCCGCAUAUAAUAUUGUUGAUUCAAAUUUAAAUGCUCUACGGCAGAGAAUAGAGGUACUAAGGAAGAAGGAGAAGUUGAUCAACACAAUUUACAAACGUGAAAUUGGUUGGAAUUAUAUAUGGGAGUACGAAGACAAACGCAAGAAACAUUCCUUGGUAUUGGAGUUGGUUGAGCUCGCAGGUUUAGCAGGCAGCAACAUAUUAAUUGUUUUCAUAAUUGGUUCUUUAUGCAUGCUUCUUCUUUCCCUCAUACUCCAUAUGCAUAGCUAAUCUAUAAUAUUGUUUAGACUUUUCAAAAAUACUGAAUUAAUUUUUAAAAAUUAUGUAUUUCUGGAGGAUCCAACACGAGUGCGACAAACAAUAUAUUUGGAGGGCCAGGCAUAGUGCCUAUAUUAUAUAUGCAUGUACUUUGAAAUAGAUGGCGUGAAUAAUACUUGGCAAGUCUCUGCAUUAGCGGUGCAUAAACUAUAUGUUCAUCCGCCUAGUUUGUUCAGUGACGCAAGAUUAUUAACCUAAUCUAAAUUCUAUGAAUAUGAAAUCAUAGGAAAGGGAAAGAGGAAGUUGUAAGAGUAUUCAUUUUGUGAUCUUUCUUAAUAUCUGAUUCACAUCGA